AAAAGCAAGCGAACAAACCCAUCUCUCUCUCUCUCGCUCUCGCUCUGCCUUACAGUCUCUCCUUUGCUUUGCUCAAGUGAAAAGCUUCCAAGAAAAGCGAAAGAGGAAGAGGAAGGAAGAACCAGCGACCCUUUUCUUCCUCUUCUUAUCUGUACACUUCCUUCACCUGUGACCUGGGGGCUGGCUACCGGCGUAUGAUUGACUGAACACAGCCAAAGCUUUCUUCCCUGUCACAUUCUCCACCCCGUUCUUCAUUUACUAAAACCAUCACCUUCUCGUUUCGGUCUCUCUCUCUCUCUCUCUCUCUCUCUCUCUCUCUCGGGUCUUGCUUUCUUCCCCAUCCUCCUGUUUGUCGGAUUAGACCCUUUGAAAAUUGCAAUGUACCCCACAGUAGAGCCGCCCGUGUUCUGCUUUUCCCGGGGAAUGAGGGAAAGUUGAGCUGAGUAGAAGCUCAAGAAAAAAGCGAUCUUUUCUCUCUCUUACCCAUAUAUCUUCUUCUGGGUUUGAUUCUUCCUUCUGGGCUGUUGAAAUUGGAGCAGCUCUGGGAUGAGGAAGCACGGAUGGCAACUUCCAUACCAUCCCCUGCAGGUGGUGGCAGUUGCUGUUUUUCUGGCAUUAGGGUUUGCUUUCUAUGUCUUCUUUGCACCCUUCGUCGGGAGGAAGAUGUUUCAGUAUGUGGCGAUGGGAAUCUACACUCCUCUGAUUAUGUGCGUGUUCGGUCUGUAUAUCUGGUGCGCUGCUGCAGACCCUGCAGACCCAGGAGUUUUUAGGUCGAAAAAGUAUCUCAACAUACCUGACAGUGCGAAGCAUAAUCAGUCAAAGAGCACUAAGCUAGGGGGAGAAUCGGUUUCUUCUAUGCAAGAUGCAAGUUCUGCUGCACUAGGUGGGAAAGCUCUCGAUGCACAUGCAACGGCUUUUGAAGUGAAAGAGGCGUCAACUGAAAUGGAAAAAAAUAAUGCGUCUUCACAGGAUUCAUCUUGCUUCCUCUGGGCCCUCGCCCCUUGUUACUUCAUUUGCAAGUGCUGUGGUUCAGGGGAAGAAUCUUCUGAGCAUCAGGCUAGUGAGGAUGGAAUGUUCUACUGCAGUUUGUGUGAAGUAGAGGUUUUCAAGUACAGUAAACAUUGUAGAGUUUGUGACAAAUGCGUGGAUCGAUUUGACCACCACUGCAGGUGGCUCAACAACUGUAUAGGUAAAAGGAACUAUCGACAAUUUUUCACUCUCAUGGUUUCUGCUCUUCUAUUGCUUAUUCUACAGUGGGCAACUGGUAUUCUUGUGCUUGUGUGCUGUUUCCUCCAGAGGAAGAGGUUCACUGUUGAAAUUGCCUCCAAGCUAGGAAGCAGCUUCUCUUUGGUGCCUUUUAUUAUCGUAGUGGCUGUCUGCACCUUCCUGGCUAUGCUUGCUACUUUGCCACUUGCUCAGCUAUUCUUCUUUCACAUACUUCUUAUAAAGAAGGGAAUCAGCACAUAUGAUUACAUAAUAGCUUUGAGGGAGCAGGAGCAGGAGCAACAAGGAGUUGGAGGUCCUCAAAGUCCGCAAAUGUCUCCAAUGAGCUCUAUCACUGGAUUAAGCAGUGCAAGCUCUUUCACGACUUUCCGUCGGGGAGCAUGGUGUACACCUCCCCGUCUUUUCCUGGAAGAUCAGUUUGAUGUUGUACCUCCCGACACCGGUUCUGUUAGUUCUCUAGGCAAAAAGACGGCAAGAGAGGAAUCAAUCAAGAAAAAGAAUCCUGGAGCGGUGAAGAUCAGCCCAUGGACCCUGGCCAGAUUAAAUGCAGAAGAGGUCUCGAGAGCCGCUGCAGAAGCCCGAAAGAAGUCCAAAAUCCUACAGCCUGUUGCAAGAAGGGAAUCCAUGCUGGCCCUUGAAGCCGACAGAAGCUUUGGGAGUAGUGGCCGGCGAAUGAUUCCUUGUCCUGACAGUAACCGAAGGCGACCCAGCAAGCGGGUGAGGCUCCCAGCUGAUUUGGCAAUGGAGCCCUUGGCUGACCUUUCAUCUAGAACUGCUAGCAAAGGCUUCUCAGAGACGUCCAGUAGCCUGGCUCCUCUUCAGCUUGAGGCACGGAGUGCCUUCCAAACAAGCCGAGCCAUGUCAAGCUCAGCUGAGAUUGUGGGCUCUUCGCCUGAGAGCAGCUUGGACUCCCCUGAUAUCCACCCAUUCCGGGUCUCUUCAUCAGGGCCUGAGGAGGCAAGGCAGCUAACUGGACUUUCUGUCGCAGGGUCCGCUGCAAGGAAAGGGAUUCCAUUGUCGAGGUCAGCUAGCGAUGGGUAUGAAGCAUCGGGCGAAGAUAGCGAUAGGGUUCCAUCUAGACUUGUGCAGAGGUCGUCGAACUGGAGUAACCUUCUUUUCGGGUAUAAUCAAGAUGAGAGGAUUGCGAGACUACAAGGGUCAUCCUCUUCAGCCCAGAUUGAUAACAGAAAGCUUUGAACUUUACAGAGUCGGUUCUUCCUGAUUCACCUUGGAACCCAAUGUUCACAGCUCACUAUUCUUUCAUUCAUGGAAAACAUGAUUCGCUCGCCCCAAAGGUACUAACGGGAGAUCUCAGCUUUUGCACUUUGGACAAGGACUCAUUGGCCACAUUGGGGCUCUCGUUGAAUAUCUGUUUCGAUCUGGCAUCCCGGAAGCUGUAAAUGAGUUUUUUCAACAUUUUGUAAUUGAAUGACAUUGCCCAUUGUUUUGUGUAUGAACCGUGUGAUGAAUUAUGAGCCUUAUUGUCUCUUAAGAAAUUCAAUGAUGUGGAAUGCAAA